CAUUUCACAAAGAGAAAACCAGCUCUUCAGAGGCACCUGACGAUGAACGUGCAUGUCAAUCAAGUGCCUCUCCUGAGUCGACGUUGACUGAUGAUGAGACUACGCAGGCUGCUGCCACUGUGAAAGAGCAGUUGUCAGUACCAGUACUGUCAGAGAACGCCCUUGACAUGACAAAGAAAACAUCAACUCAGACAUUAUCAGAUCAGACAGUUCAAGACUUGCCAACAGAACAUGACGAACUUGACAACACAAAGGCUGGUCAACCAAUCACUGACAAUUCUUUGUCAACAGACAGCUGUGAGGACCACUCAGAGGAUGUCAGUGCUGGAAGUGAACUAGAAUCUAUGGCUUCUGAGAGUCGUGAUGAAAAACCGAAAGGGAAAACACCUUUCCAAAAGCUUAAGAGAGCAGUGAAAAAACUAUUUCACAAAAAGAAAACCAGCUCUCCAGAGGCACCUGACGAUGAAACUGCACGUCAAUCAAGUGGCUCUCCUGAGUCGACCUUAACUGAUGAUGAGACUACGCGGGCUGCUGCCACUAUGAAAGAACAGUUGUCAGUACCAGUACUCUCAGAGAACGCCCUUGACACGACAAAGAAAACGUCCACUCAGACAUUAUCAGAUCAGAGAGUUCAAGACUUGCCAGCAGAACAUGACGAAUUUGACAAUACAAAGGCUGGUCAACCAAUCACUGACAGUUCUAUGUCAACAGACAGCUGUGAGGACCACUCAGAGGAUGUCAGUGCUGGAAGUGAACUGGAAUCUAUGGCUUCUGAGAGUCAUGAUGAAAAACCAAAAGGGAAAACACCUUUCCAAAAGCUCAAGAGAGCGGUGCUAAAGCGAUUUCAGAAAAAGAAAAUUGCCACUAGAAGAGAAGUGCAAUCGACAGAUUCUGAGAGUCAAGAUGAAACACCAAAACGGAAAACACGUUUGCAAAAGUUGAAGAAAGCAGUGAAAAAACUAUUUCACAAAAAGAAAUCCAGCUCUUCAGAGGCACCUGACGAUGAAAGUGCACAUAAAUCAAGUGGCUCUCCUGAGUCGACAUUAACUGAUGAUGAGACUACGUGGACUGCUGCCACUAUGAAAGAACAGUUGUCACAACCAGUGAUGUCAGAGAACGCCCUUGACAUGACAAAGAAAACAUCCACUCAGACAUUAUCGGAUCAGAUGGUUCAAGACUUGCCAACAGAACAUGACGAAUUUGACAAUACAAAGGCUGGUCAACCAAUCACUGACAGUUCUUUGUCAACAGACAGCUGUGAGGACCACUCAGAGGAUGUCAGUGCUGGAAGUGAACUGGAAUCUAUGGCUUCUGAGAGUCAUGAUGAAAAACCGAAAGGGAAAACACCUUUCCAAAAGCUCAAGAGAGCAGUGAUAAAGCGAUUUCACAAAAAGAAAAUUGCCACUAGAAGAGAAGUGCAAUCGACAGAUUCUGAGAGUCAAGAUGAAACACAAAAACGGAAAACACGUUUGCAAAAGUUUCACAAAAAGGAAAUAGCCACUGCAGAUGCACCUGACGACAGACCUUUGACCUCAAAUACCUUUAAGACAGAGGCAGAAGGACUUGCUGAGGAGGCUAAAUGCAGUCUGAAUGAAGAAAUAGACAUUGAAGCUAUAAAGAGACAAUUCACGGAAGUAUGCGUUGAUGUGCUGAAGUACAUCCGUGAUUCUUCCAUAACCUUAAGCUCCCAGUCAAACUACGAUCUGCCACAUUAACAAAAUACUUUUCUCCUUACACCUUUCUAUAGCAACAUAAACAAAACACAAAGCACUCUGCUCCAAAAAUUUCGAGAACACUUAAAUCACCAAUUGGAUCCUGAUGAACAAAAUUGUAAAUUUAAAAUCUUGACUGGCAUGCAUUGUGUGUUUGUCAAGAGUUUAAUGACAUAACAACAGUCAGAUUGAACAAAAUUAGUGCUGUCAGCGUUAAU